AUGGCGUCUCCACGAUUCGGCCAAUCGCUAGAGAGGUUGGGUGAGCCCGUUUCAACCCCUAUAUCUUCCCGAGCUCCCUCCCCCGCUACCACUCACCCCAGUGGUGUCCCGUCCUCGGCUCGGAGCCACCACCGGCAGACUAAUAGCCGCACAUCCAUUAUCUCGGUCUCAUCCACACGCAGCUCAGACAUUGAGGAACUCCCAGCCUCACAGCCAGCUGUAGGCGAUAUCUCAUGGGUUGCGAGAUAUCAGGAGGCUGCCGAAAUUCCCCUCCUAGACUGCCUGAGGACUGGAUUCUCACUCGCGUUGAUCAACCCGGCGCUACGAUCGACAAUGUUCGGUACAGAGGAGAUGUGUCUACAUUGUAUUCUGUGUGUCGCCUUUGAUGACAAGAGAUCCCUGGUGUUUGAGCGGCCUUUCUGCAAGCCUGGUCCUGGAACGACCUGCCAGCGUUGUGUGGCGGGUAACUUGGCCUGCUUCCGUGCACCACAGGAGACCGCUCGGCGUUCAUCUUCGGCCCUCCUAAGGGACGGACUGAAGCGUCGGCCUACUAUCUCAUACGACGCAUGGCAGGAAACCUGCUGUUUGAUUGCGCAGAAUGCUGGUGUGGAGGAAGUCGCCCUUCGCCGUCAGAUGGACUGGGACAAUCGAGUCUUCCGGCCACGGGAGAGAGGUGCGGCCAUUCAACUAGACUAG